AGAUGGAAUUUCGUGAUCACUGUCACAUGAGAUGGGAGAAAAAUUAAGCAGAAGUUGUACUGCAAUUAGUUCUCUUCCUUAAUCAUGUUCCAUUGAUGGCCUUUCCUCUCUGUUCCCUAGGUAUGCACAAUUGCUGCAGCAAUUUAUCAUCCCCAAUUCUUGUGUCACGGAAUCUGGAAACACUUCCCAUCCAGCAUACAAAACUGUACUCCCACUUUGGAUCAGUUUGUUCAUGUAUUUUUCUGUCCCCUUGAGCCUGUGUUAAGUUUGAGCAGCAUACGUGUGCAGAACCAUAAUAUGUUCUUGCAUCUUUUUCCUUGUCAUCUGUUCAAGAAUACUAUAUGCCCCUUCCAGAAAAAGCCAUGGAUCAUCAAAGAGUAUGUUGAUGCAACAGGCCUAACACAACAACCAAAAUUUGUAGCAUCCUCCAUGCUUCCCAAUAGCUUUCUAGAAUCCAAUUCUAAACUGCACAGUUGGAGCAAACAACUUAAAGAGAAGCUUAAAUCCAUCUCCAGCAUCAAUUCUGCCAUUUUGCAAAGAUUUUUAGCAUCACGACCAUGACAUCCAUCACCUUCAAAAGCAUUUCCUUUCUUCCUUUCAACCUCACAAAGCUUGAUUGCCCCUUCUGCUCUAACCGCCCGGAGCAGUGCCUCCAUGAAUGACCCAUAAGCACAAGUCACAAACGCAAUGCUCUUCUCCAGUGCCUCUCUCAAUGGCUUUUCAGCCUAUUCGACCCUCUCUGUCCAGCAAGCGAUCGGAAGUGUGCUCAGAACACUGUAAGUCGUGGCCUUCUCUUCGUCAAUUUAUCGAACAACUUGUGCGCGACCCUCAACUUCUCCGACUGGCACAAUCCAUACAAGAAUUCAUCGGCUUCCAAGUCGUUCCCCAACUCUACAAAAGCACCGGAACAGAGCACAUUAGGCAAUUCAUCUGCUUCAAAUCCCUUCUCCUCCAUUCGCUUCGGAACAGUUCUACCCAACCGAUUAGACCGAUUUCUCCCGCAGAAAGCGCCAAUAAAGGCCAUGUAGCCCUGCCUGCUCAGUCUCCAGGGACACCUCGAAAUCCUGCGAUAGAGUAGGUUGAUGUCAGAGGCGUCUUCGCGGUGGCGGCGGCAGAGACCGAUGACGAAAUCUGAAGCACCGUCGGAGACCCGAUCGAUCCCGAAAGCAUGCGGCAAUUCGCAUUCGAUUUGAGAUUACUAUGGGAUACUUGAUCGAAUGGUCUGGAGAAGACGCCUCGAAGAUCGACCGACGUGAUCCGUCUCCAGGUGGGUUAAACCUUCCUGAUCGUGCCACCUGGAUAGGCAGCCCUGAUGGCAGCGCGGUGGGGCGCAGGUAAACCGUCACCGACUCGUUUAGACUCUCAUCUCACCACCAUCGCCACUUUGCUCACCUACUCAAACCUGUUUCACCAUCCCACUACUUUCUUCUCUCUCUAUAUACGCAUCCAUCUCUCUGCGAACCAUAAAGCUUGCCCACCUCUUGCCACGAUGACGCUCGCGUUCCUCCCGGAGGCAUUGCGGGCGGUGCUCCUCGUCCAGCGGCCGCUGCUCCUCUACGCCGCGGCAUGGGCGGCCCUCCUCACCGCGACGGUGGCCGUCACGUCCUUCGCGCCGGAGCUCGCCUUCGUAUGGGCCGUCAUGCCGUCUUCGUCCUUCUCCAGCGCGUGUACUGCCGCGGCCGGCGGCCCGGCCGUGAGGGUCCCCACGGACGGGCCGCCGCGGGAGGUGGUGUGCGUCCCGGCGGGGCUCUUCGCGCGGUCGCGGAUGGACCUGGUGGUACCGCCCCUCUUCGCCGCCUUGGUCGUCGGCGGCUCCACUUGCUUCAUCCGGGCCGUCGGUCUGUGGGAGCCCGAGGAGGAAGCCAUCGCGUGAGGUGCGCUGAUUCGAGACCGUCCGAUCUGUGGAUCGAACGGCCCCAAUGCUAUGUAUACGCGCAUUAGUCGAGGAAGCUUCUUUCUGAUCCGAAAUGGAGAGAGAAUUAAUCGUGUCAUUAUAAACAUAAUUAUGU